UUUGUCAAUUGUCGGUAUGUGAAUGGGGCAUCAUUUUGCAUGAAAGAUAGAUAAAACAACUUCCUUUUCCUUCAAAAAUGAUAUAUAAGAUAAGUGGGAGAGGGUUUGGACGGGCGGGGAGUCUCCCCUUAUAUAAAACCCUUGGCUACCCCUCACCCCCUAGUUUUUGCUGUUUGCCACGAGAGGAAAGAAAAAUAAAAAAAUUUUCUUCUCUUUUACAUCGUUUGUUUGUUUACCUCGAGCUUCGAAGUAAUUCCGGGGGCGCGGCCAUUUUUUUAACGCGGUUUUCUUUCGCGUCACGCUCGACGAACUGCGCGAAAAAGCUACCUCGUCUGCGCGAGUAUAACCUCUUCCAGGCGUUCAGUUAGUUGGGGUGCAGCACGAAAAACAGCGCGCGAAAAAAUAAAAAAAAGCGCGCCGUUUUUCGCGCUGCGCCCCAACUAACUGAACCCCUGGCCUGGAAAAGGCUAGCGCGAGUGACGCGCGUUGCGUGACGAUCUCGAAUGUCCUUUUUUAGGAGUGGUUACCAAGGCCACAGCGUUUCCCGCGCAUGUAAGAAUGGCCGCUGAAGAUUGCAUAAAGAUUCCUGAUAACUAUAAAGGUUAUUCUUUGGAGAUGUUUUGCUUACCAAGGCAUUAUGAGAGUGACGUCGAGUCAAUUUUGAUACCAAAGGGACUUAUAAAUGAUCGAACUGAAAGAUUGGCUAGGAAUAUUUGCCGUGAUGUUGGUAGCGGUCCACUCAUUGGAUUGUGUGUGUUAAAAGGAGGUUAUCAAUUUUUUGGCGACCUUAUGGAUUAUAUAAGGACAAUCAAUGCCAAUGGAGAACAAUCUAUGCAGAUGUCAGUUGACUUUAUUAGAUUGAAGAGUUAUGAGGACGAUCACUCAUCCGGUGAAGUAAAGGUGAUAGGAAGCGAUGACUUGUCUUCACUAAGUGGGAAGCAUGUGUUAGUUGUGGAGGACAUCAUAGACACAGGAGCAACUAUGCAGAAAUUAUUAAACACUCUUAACAAGUUCAAACCAGCAUCGAUUAAAGUAGCAAGUUUGUUGGUGAAGAGAACACCGAAGAGUAAUGGAUACCGCCCAGAUUAUAUUGGUUUUGAGAUUCCUGAUAAGUUUGUUGUAGGCUAUGCACUGGAUUAUAAUGAAUAUUUCAGGGAUCUGAAUCAUAUAUGCGUCAUCAAUGAGAAUGGCAAAAAGAAAUAUUCCAUCCCACAGUAAAGACAAAAAAAGGCAGCUGAUAUCCAGACAGUUGACGCUUGCUAUCUGACCUGGAAUUGCUACUUAACUGACCUUUCGAUUCCUGGUUCUAACCAAUGUAGAUCUCCUUACCUCAGUGUAUCACGUGAUUAGUCAGGUAAUAAGGAUUGAGUACCUGAUCAUCUCAGGCAUAC